UUUAAUUGGGAUGAUUAUCUGAAAGAGACUGAAUCAGUAGCUGCCCCUCUGCAUUGUUUCAGACAGUCUAGAAUUCCACCUACGAAUGAUUUCAAAGUUGGUAUGAAACUGGAAGCCCACGAUCCUCGCAAUAUUACCUCUGUUUGUAUAGCUACAGUAAUUGGAAUCACUGGUGCCAGACUAAGGUUGCGGCUGGAUGGAAGUGACAACAAAAAUGAUUUUUGGAGGCUUGUGGAUUCCUCGGACAUACAGCCCAUUGGGACCUGUGAAAAGAAAGGGGGGAUGCUCCAGCCUCCGCUUGGGUUCCAGAUGAAUGCGUCUUCGUGGCCAAUGUUUCUCUUAAGAACUCUCAAUGGAGCUGAAAUGGCACCUGCAGCAUUCUUUAAGAAGGAACCAGCAAAACCUGUGCCAAACUGCUUUAAAGUUGGAAUGAAACUUGAAGCUAUAGAUAGAAAGAACCCAUACUUGAUUUGCCCAGCAACCAUUGGAGAUGUUAAAGGAGAGGAAGUUUUUGUUACAUUUGAUGGCUGGAGAGGAGCAUUUGACUAUUGGUGCAGAUGCGAUUCUCGAGAUAUUUUCCCAGUCGGAUGGUGUAGCUUGACAGGAGAUGCAUUACAACCACCAGGGAACAAUGUUUCCAUUACAAAGAGCAGUGCAAAAAUCCAAUCUUCCCCUUCCAAAGUGACCCGGCGUUCAAUGCAGUCUCCACAGAAAUCUGCUCCGGUACCAGCUCAACGGGGCAGGAAACCAGGUCGGGGCAAACCCCCUGGACAGUCUGCAGUUCCCAAGAAGGGCAGGUCUCCUAAAAAUAUUCCCCUGACAAAAAGCACCUCUCAUACUGAAAAUCUUAAAACAAGGAAAAAAAGUUUAAAACCUGGAAAAAAGAAAAAAGUCUUGCUGGAACAACUGACUCCUGUAUCUCAUUCUCCUCAUUCUUCUCCUGAGGGGGAGAGUGGCACUACGCAGAUACUUAAAGAUGGAAUUAGUUUGUCCGGUGCAACUGCAGCAGUUAUAUCCACAGUGUGUGUUUAUGUCAACAAGCAUGGAAAUUCUGGGCCUCACCUGGAUAAGAAGAAGUUUCAGCAGCUUCCAGAUCACUUUGGACCAGGUCCUGUCAAUGUGGUACUUCAGCAGGCUGUACAGGCUUGCGUGGAUUGUGCCUAUGAAUCCAAAACAGUCUUUGGAUUUCUGAAAUCUGGCCACCACGGCGGGGAAAUGAUAACUGCUUCCUUUGAUGGGGAAAAGCAUGCCAUCAAUCUUCCUUCUGUAAACAGCGCAUCGUUUGUCCUACGCUUCUUGGAGAAACUCUGCCACAGCCUGCAGUGUGAUAAUCUCUUUAGUAGCCAGCCUUUCAGCCCUUACAUGGGAUGUGCACACAGUCCUAUGGAGUAUGAUAGAAACAAACCAGCAAAAGAAGAAAUACCUGAAAACAGGAGUGCUAAACGGUACUCUCAGGACUCCCCACCAUAUACUGCUCCUCUUUCCCCUAAGCUUCCCAGAAAUGAUGCUCAUCCAUCUGAAGCAGAAACAUUACCUAUAGAGGAAAACAGCAUUUCCAAAGAACACCGAUUUUCUGAGGACUCUAUGGAUUCUGCACUUAAUUCUGUAAAUCCUUCAAGCCCAGCCCGUCGAAAUUCCACGGAAUAUCAUACUCCAGGGAGUGCAGCAUAUUUCAGAAAUUCCCUUCAGCCAGUGACUGCUACCUCAAAAUCAGCCCCAGUCCUGCGCAGGCUGUCCUUGAGCUCUGCUGGGAGCAGCGGUUACUAUGAAGUUAGCAGAACUCGAAUCCAGAGGCGGAUUGAAGCUGCAAGUUCCACAACUGGACCGGAUCUGAAUUCACUAAAAAGGGAACCUUCAAGAAUAUUGAAUAGAGAUCCUUCCACCUGGUCGAUAGAGGAAGUAAUGCGUUUUGUGAAAGAAGCUGAUCCACAGGCACUAGCUCCACAUGCAGAACUCUUCAGGAGACACGAAAUCGAUGGGAAGGCACUGCUCUUACUGAGGAGUGAUAUGAUAAUGAAAUAUAUGGGACUGAAGCUGGGGCCUGCCCUGAAGUUGUGCUACCACAUUGAAAGACUUAAACAAGGAAAGUACUAGCCAGUGGGGGAGAUACCACGAAUAUGUGUGUUCGUAUCACACUAAGCUCUCAGGUUCACAGCCAUCGCCUUUAUUUGAAACUAUUUUGCUGAUAUAAAUAAUCUUUAUUUUUUGAAAGUGCUCUCAAAAUGUAAAAAAGACAUUCAGGAUAAAGGGGGUG